UUGUUUUAAAGGAAAAUUAUCUUAAAAGCUUUUAAAAUUAUGAUAGACCUGUUUUUAUUCUCAAAAUCAGACAUUGUCUUCGUAUUUUAACAAAAUGUCAAAGAACUACGUACCUGUAACAAGUCGGAUUUUUCUGGCAAUGAAAAAUGUCGACAUUGAUACGCUGUCACGUUGUAGUGAGACGGAUCUGCGCCCAGUUUUGCCAAGUCUUGUGAGAAUGGCACUGUGUUCGCCUCUGGAUUCCAGCGAAGAGUGGACACAAGGACGUAAAGAUAUUCUUAAAAUACUCUCAGGUCUUGACAUCGUAAACAGUAUUGUAGCACUACUGUCGAUAGAUUUUCAUGCACUCGAGCAAGAUGUGAAAAAAGAGCAACAGUUAAGAGCUAAGAUUGGAGGGAACCAGACAGAAAGUGUACUCAUUUCCCAGCUGCAGCAUGGUUUAUGUCUAGAGUUUGAACGCAGUGAUGCGCCACGCCGUAUUCGACUUUUGCUCAGUGAGCUCAUGUUCAUCAUGACUGAGUUGCAGGUGAAAGAUCAACAAAAACCUGUACUAUUCCAGAAACAGUCGGAACUGUUUGAAAGUGAGGUGUAUUUGGAAGAAGUUUGUGAUGUGCUGUGUAUUGCACAAGCAGAACUGCCAAAUCUGCUUCCUAUGACAGAUCUGGCAGAGGCGUUGCUGUGUGUCAAGAAUGGAGCUGGCUUGAUUUGUCAACUAGUAGCAAAUUGUCCCGAGAGUUUUACAGAAGUGUGUAGAAGUCUGGUUUCUCACGGAGAGCGGCAGGAUGAGGAGUCGGUGAGCGGCCGGCUGCGGCUGGACAUGCUUAAGGCUCUGUGUACCAUGAACCCCAAGGAAGCACUCAAUGUCCGACAGCUAUGUGUAAAACAUUGUACCAUGCCUGGUCUGGCUAUCUCCCUGUCUCUGCAGAUUGGUGAGAGUGACAGACAGAUGGACACACAAGAAGAUGAUUUAGUAGCUUUUGUUAGCAGCUUACUGCUUGGGAAUGACCAAGCAAUUCGAAUGUGGUUCUCUCAGUUUGUGAAAGUUGGACAAAAGAAAAAGUGUGACUCACCUGGCUCAUUGCUUCAGGCAUUGCGUGACAAUCUUCUUGGACAAGUGGCUCUGCUGCUGCCCAAGAAAUAUGAACUGAUGAGUGAAGGCAACGUGGUUAAAGCCAGCAGUAUGAUAAAGUUGUACUGCGCACUCAGGGGCAUGGCUACUCUCAAGUACUCAGAAGAAGAAAUGUCAUCACUGCUGGAACUUAUCACAGCAAGACCGCCGCCAUCCAAAACUGGUGCUCACUUCAUAUGUCUGGGGCUGUCCAUGCUCAUAGCAUGUCCUUAUUUGCUUGGGUCAAUGGAUCAAGAACAGCAAGCUAUUGAAUGGAUCACUUGGCUCAUGUCAACAGAGGGCAUGUUUGAAAAAGAAACUGCCAACACUACGUCAUUUGGUGAGAUGUUGUUUUUGUUGGCUCUUCACUUCCACCACAACCACAUGCAUGCAAUUGCUGAUUUGGUGUGCAACACUCUCGGCAUGAAGAGUGCUGUCAAAGCAAAUGCUUUAUCAAGAAUUCGUCAAAUCUUCACUCAAGAACUAUUCACAGAACAGGUUAUUGCUGCUCAUGCAGUGAAAAUCCCUGUGACUCCAAAUCUCAAUGCCAACAUGACUGGUUAUCUCCCCUUACACAGUAUAUGUCAGCUUUUAAAGAGCAGAGUUUUCUCCAAGCACAAAGUUCCAAUAAAAGACUGGAUCUACAAGCAGAUCUGUCACAUUUCUCUCCCUUUGCAUCCACUUCUACCUCAGUUGAUUGAAACCUACGUCAACUCAAUCAUCAUCAAAGGUGGCAAAAUGGAAUACACAAAUGAACCAAUCACAGAAGAAGAGAUUUUGGAUGUGUACAAAGACGCAAUCAGCCAUGGACACUCGAAGAAAGAAGGUUACUCCAAAAACCAGAACCUGUCCUCUCAGUUGCUUAUUCUCUAUUAUUUGUUGUUGUACGAGGAUACGUUGUUGAACAGUAUGAAAACAAUAGUGCUGUUUAAAACUGGAGUAAAGUCGUAUUCUGAGAACAUCCUGUCUAAAAUCCCCAUCAACUUCCUCAUACAGGAGGCUUUGAAGGAACAGCAGCUGUAUGCGGGCUUGUUUGCUCCUCUCACACGGUUGCUGGUCACUCAUUACCCACAUCUGUGUUUGGUGGAGGACUGGCUGGAGGAAAGUCUUACAACGAAGACGUCAGUUGGAACAGACUCGUCCUGUAGAGCUUGUACACCUUCAGCAUUCCAGUCUGCUCUAGGUAAACUGGAAAGUUGUCCAACAGCUGUCAUUCAACAUCUCAAGUACUUACUUGGACUGACAUCGGUGGAUCUCAUGCCCUACAGUGAAAUCCUCAUCAACAGUCUUCCCAGCAUGCUUCAGGAAGGAACGCCAAGGAGAGUCCUUGAUCUAGCCCAGAGUGUGUGGUUCAAAGUACAUGCUGUCACCCCAAGAAGUAUUCGGCUGUGGACGGUGAAUGCCCUGCGUCCUCGUUUAAAUACGGUUUUCAUGUCUCCACCCUUUACUGAGCAGGACCUGAUGAUAGACCCUCUUAUUGUACUCGGCUGUGAUGAAAGGGUGUUCAGGUGUCCUCCAAUUCUGGAAGUAAAUUUACGAGUGCUAGCAGCAUACACGCAGGCCUGUCGCGUUUAUCUGACGAACCACCUGCAGACCCACCCGAUCACGGACAACAACACACUGGCAGAGCAGGAACGACAGGAACUGAAGAUAGCCCUGAUUGCAGCCCAGGAGAGCGCCAUCAUUCAGAUCCUACUGGAGAUAUGCUUACCGAACAACGAUUCAGAGAAGGACAGCAGUCAGCUUUCGAACAGACGCGAAGUUGAGUGUCUCAUUUACUCCUACAUACAUCAAGUGUUUAUUGCCGAUCCUAAUCUAGCCAAGCUAGUACACUUUCAGGGUUACCCAAGAGAACUGAUAAAGUCUGUUGUGCAGAGUGUUCCUUCCAUGCACAUAUGUUUGGACUUCAUCGCUGAACUGCUAGGACAGCCACAGUCAGAGAAACAGAUAUUUGCCAUUCAGCUGACGUCUGAGUUGUGUCUCAAAUAUUCUUUACCUAAAUCUCUGAGUGUGGCGAAACUAGGCAUCAAUGUCAUGUUUACUCUGCUGACAGUGUUAGAUAGUGAGGAAAGAAUCAAAUUCUUCCUUCAGACAGUUCCAUGUUUGUUAAAUUUCUGUAAGGCUUUCCCCCCGCUGUGUGAAGACGUUACCACAUUACUGACGCAGGUUGGGCGAAUCUGUGUUUCACAACUUGCUGCCACCACAAACAUGUCAUUUUUUGAUUUCGCUCAAGAGUGUGACGUGGAUGGUGGAUCUGGUGACUACUUGUUAACAAAGAAGAGAAAGACUGUUUUACCCAGAGACACUGUCACUCUCUAUCACAAACUCUACACCAUGGUGCAAAGGACGUUUUCUCAAGUCACACAAAAAGCUCUUAUGGCAAGCAGUGUGUACUAAGUUCAGUUUAUAUCACAUACUCUAUAUCAUGGUGCAAAGGACGUUUUCUCAAAUACUAAGUUCAGUGUAUAUCACAAACUCUACACUAUGGUGCAAAGGACGUUUUCUCAAGUACUAAGUUCAGUGCAUAUCACAUACUCUAUAUCAUGGUGCAAAGGAUGUUUUCUCAAGUCACACAAAAAGCUCUUAUGGCCAGCAGUGUGUACUAAGUUCAGUGUGUAUCACAAACUCUACACCAUGGUGCAAAGGACGUUUUCUCAAGUCACACAGAAAGUUCUUUAUGGUCAGAAGUGUGUACUAAGUUCAGUGUAUCAUCAAUACAGUGUCAUAAUCUAAUGCACACAAAAUGUGUUUUUAGGUUUUCAUUCAAAACUUUUCUUUUAUAUUAUACAAUUGCUAUUGAGACAGACAUUUUAGAUGAAAAAAAUUGUUAACAAACUAUUUAAUAUUAAGGUGCUAUAAAACAAAACAAAAAGUCAUGAAAUUUAUGAAUUUUAUCUCUUGUCUGUUAGGUACAUACUAUUUAAAAGAUAGUUUAUUUUGAUUUUGACAUACUCGGUUCAAAAUCAUAUAUAGUCUGAUGGGCUGACCCCAGUGUCACAUUUUAUAUUUAUGCCAACAGGGUCAUUGUGAUACCGUUAGAUACGAUUUCUGUUGCCAACAAAAAGGUUUCAACUUUCCAGUUAACAUCAAGGGCCAUGUUCCCAAAGAGGCCAGUUGUUACACCAUACCGACAUCGCAAAAACAUGCUAACGCCAUACUGACGUCACAAAAACAUGCUAACGCCAUACCGACUUCGCAAAAACAUGCUAACGUCAUACCGACGUCGCAAAAACAUGCUAACGACAACAUAACGAUAUAGUGAAAUAUCAAUGCAGCAGCCAUUUUGCAUGCAUGAAGCCUAAAUACAAGGAUAGAGAGUUGUCAUGAUUCAUUACGAAAAAACAUGCAAUGAAUGACACCAUAACAACAAGACCGGCGUCGUGGUUAGGCCAUCGGUCAACAGGAUGGUAGGUACUGGGUUCGGAUCCCAGUCGAGGCAUGGGAUUUUUAAUCCAGAUACCGACUCCAAACCCUGAGUGAGUGCUCCACAA